UUCUUAUUUACUACUAGAAAUCUAGAUCUAAUAUUUAAACACCUUGUUUAAAGCUAAAAUAGACAAAACCCAAUUUAAGCUGCAAGUUGGUUAUACUAUUUAUUACAAUAUCUGUAACCGUUGGCCAAAGGAGCUAACUAAAAUAGAUCUAGUUGAUAGAAACAAUUGUUGUUAAAGUUUUAUGAAACAAAAUUAAAAAGACUAAAUUAUCAACAAUAGAAAAAAAUUCAAACAAUAGACAGCUCUUUACUUCGGAGUUGGAUUAGAUUAAUUAAUAAUACAUUUUGCAGGAAAUGGAAAUGAUCUCUAAUUAUCGAGCUGUGACCAGCUUUCCAACACCAACAAAUGCUGAUUUAACAUUUCAAGAAAAUUUAGGAUCUGCUGUUCUCUACUCCUACUGGUCUCAACGUGAUUUAGAACGUACAGAAAAAACAACAUUACUUCGAACUCAUACAUUUGAUAUACAGUCUGGUAGAGUAAUUAGCUACACUGGUCCUCAAGAAAUAAAAAAUGAAUUGUGGAACAAAUUUUCACCAUCAGGCAAACUACGAGCAGUUGUUCGAAAUGAGAUAGAUCAAAAAAAGGAAGAUAAACAAUAUCUUGAGAUAUUUGACUGCUGCCGAAAACUUAAAACUAUUGACAUCUUAGCGGAAGAGAAACAUGGCAAAAUUGUCAACAAUGAUGGACAAUUUGGAAGUUUUGAAUGGUCAGCAUCAGAAAAGCAAAUAUUGUACUUAGCAGAGAAAAAGAAAGCUAAAACAAGUAAUUUUUUUGGAAACAAAGUAACAAAUACUAGUGAGAAACAAGGUAGUGACAUGUCUAAUACAGAUUCGGAUAAAAUUAGACAGGGUGAUGGGUUUGCUUACAUAGAAAAUUGGGGUGAACAGCUGACUGAACGUGUGUGCCCUGUUAUAUGUAUACUGGAUAUUGACAGUAUCUCUGUGAAAAUUAUUGAGAUUUUGCCCUUUCAGUCACCAGGACAGGUAAUUUGGGCACCACUGGACUCUGGUAUUGUAUUUUGUGCUUGGAAACAUGAACCUUACAAGCUGGGUCUAAAAUUUUGCUGUCAAAGAGAGUGUUAUUUGUAUUAUCAGGAUAUUGAGCAAGGAUCUGCUGAAGUUUUAAGUGAGAAGGACUAUGCUGUUCGUUUCCCCCGUUUUAGUCCAGAUAUGAGAAAAUUAAUUUAUCUUGAUGUACCUGUUGGAGGAGCUCACAAUCAAUGUGCAAGACUUAUCAUGAUUGAUUGGGCUACCCGAACUAGGAAAGUUGUUGUUGAUACAGUUGGAAAUGCCAUAGCUUCCAAGUUUCCAGGUAUAUAUACAUAUAACUUGGAAAGAUAUGUAUGGUUUAGUGAUAAUGUCCAUCUUGCAUUGUCCAGCAAUUGGAGAAGUGUAAAUGCUAUUUUAAUUGUGAACACAGACACUGGGGCCAUUCAGCAUAUCAGUAAUGGUAUAGACAAUGAAAGCAAAACAGCUCAAGUUGAUGGCUCAUUUGAAUUGUUAUGUGUCAAGAAGAAUGUGCUUGUGCUUGUUUAUUCAGCACUUAAUCUGCCAUUUCAUUUAGUGAUUGCCAAUGUAUCAGACCCAAGUAACAUUAAGAACAUUUUAUGGAUUUACCCAGAUGGCCCACAAGAAACUUUGGAUUGGUUGUCAUUUACCAUCCUAACCCAUAAACCAUCUAAGGAGAGAACACACCCAAAGUUUGAGUGUUUAGAUUAUGAAAGCAUCCUGUGUCUCCCUAAUAAAAGAGUUGAUGGAGAAUUACCUCCUUUGAUUGUAUUUUCACAUGGUGGACCCAACUCUGUGUUUGAUACGUCAUUUAACAUAAUCACAGCAUUCUUUUGUAAAUGUGGAUAUGCUGUUGUUAUGGUUAACUAUCGUGGCUCACUUGGAUUUGGACAAGACAGUAUCAACUCUCUAAUUGGCAACAUUGGCACUCAAGAUGUUCAAGAUGUCAAGCAAGCAUUAGAAGACGUUAUAGAAAAAGGAGUGUCAAGUAACCAGAAAAUCUUUAAAUUUGGUGGUUCCCAUGGUGGAUUUAUCACAACACACUUCAUUGGACAGUAUCCAAAUACAUUUAUGGCAGCUGCAUCUAGAAAUCCUGUUGUUAAUCUUACAUCUAUGUUGUCAGCUACAGACAUCAAUGAUUGGGUUUUAGUGCAGGCAGGCUUAGAGUUUAAACCCACAUCUGUUGCUGAUGAUAAAAUUCUUCCACAUCUGUGGAGCCUCUCACCUAUGUCAUACAUUGAUCAGGUUAGGACACCAAUACUACUCAUGAUAGGAGCAGAGGACCGACGAGUCCCUCCGUCUCAAGGCUUUGAGUACUAUAAAGCUCUUAAAUCACGAGGGAUUCCUGUCAGGUGUCUGGUUUACCCAGGUAACAAUCACAGCCUUACUAAUGUUGAUGCCGAAGCUGAUAGCUUGAUCAACACGGUGAUUUGGUUCAACACCUACCUCAGUUAGAUGGAUCUUUUUACAAUUCAUAUGAAUUGUAAUGGGUUGUUUUUUUCCAUUUUGCUAUAUGACUCUUUGUUUGUGAAAAACAAAAAUAAAUCAGUAUUUUAUUAACUAAUAUAUUAAUAUUAUUUAAUCAGAAAAAUGUAUUAAAAGGUGAGUUUAGAAACAACAUAACUACAAUGUUACUGCAUGAAAAUAUUAUGGUGAUCAAAUUAUUACACUGAGUAAAUUGUUAUAUGUGGAAAUAUUGACAGAGGGGGUGGGUGUCUUAAACUCUAAAUCUACCCCAAGGCUAAUCUAUCGGGUGUCAAUGCAACUGUGACUAAACCCGUGGUGGUAAACCCUAACCUUUAUCCAGAUACAAAAAUACAAGAUAAUCAACUAAAAAAAAACGUUAUUAAAGCAAAAAAACAAACAACAAAUUCACAACAAGCAAGCAGACCCGAUAACUAUAAAAUAAAACAACCAAACACAUACGAAACAAACCAACAAUUAACACUAAAACACCAGGUCAACUUGCACACACUCAGAUGUCUAGACGGACACAUUUUCGAUCGCUUUGAGAUAACGGGGAAAAAAGAAAGGUCAGUGGUCAGUCGUCUGUUUUAUGGACCUUGACCGGAAGUACAUUGACCACUAGCAUGCACACAAAGAUUGCCACACAAUAUAAAAUAAUCCUUCCACCCACUCAUGUGUGAUACAUUUUAGAUAAUUCUCUUUAAGUCUAAUUAGCAGAAACCUGUACAAUAGGUAGAACAUUUUCAAAUUCAGUUAAUAUGCUAUUCUAUUGUUACAACUGCAUAUGUAGAGCAUAGCUGGAGAUUGAAUUUGUGAAUAUUUUUAAUGCUCCAAAAAAUAAUCAAUUAGUGACAGAUUGAACCAGUUAAUUUAUGGAUUUUCUUUUUUGAAAUUCAAAAACCUAUUCCUAAGUUUUUCAAAUAAUUCGUAGUUAAGUAAUGUAUAACUUCUCAAUGCUAUCCUGCAUUUCCCUGUAUUUCACCUUCAACACAAAGUACCAAAGUAUUUUUUAAAAUAAAUUGUGUUUGAUAUUUUAUGCAUUUAUAACUAUUAUUUUCAUGUUAAAUUAUCAUUUAUAUAUUAUCUGUUUUUGUUAUACUUUGUAAGCUUAAAUUAUAAAACUAGACUUAAAGAAUCAAAAUGACUACCAUUGCCACUAAUUGAAAUUAAUAUUAGUAGAAACUGCACCUUAAUAGCCAGAUCUUUCCAUACUGUGGGAUAACUUGUCACCUUAUUUAUCUAUAUCUGAUGAAUAAAAAGAGUUUAUUUGA